AUUUAGUUUAACUAAGUAGUCAUUUUUGAAUUUCAUUCAGAGACGCUAUAAUGAAGAGCAUAGCAAUUAUCGCCCUAUUCGGGGUUUUUGGUUCAGCAUUCGCUGUAAAUAGCUACGAAAACUAUAAAGUGUACAAAGUAGUGCCUAAUUCAGUUGAACAAGUUCAAAUUUUGGUUGAUUUGCGUAAAGAAGGUUACGACUUUUGGACUGACGUGUUUGAUGUUGGUAGCGAUGUGAGGAUCAUGGUGUCACCGUCACAGGAUGAAGAAUUCAGCCAGUAUAUUACUAAAGUUCGAUUAAAUGCGGUAGUUGCUAUUGCUAAUGUUCAAGAACUCAUCAAUGCUCAGAAAAUUCCAGCAGAAAACGCACGUUCUAGUCGCUUGGGGUCGUACAGUUGGGACAGAUAUUAUUCUCUUAGUGAAAUCCACGCGUGGCUAGAUGAGCUUGAAACUACAUACCCUGACUACGUCAAAACUGUCACUGUGGGUCGUUCCUAUGAAGGCAGAGAGAUCAAAGGAGUAGUCAUAGAUCUAAAAGCUGGCAACAGAGAAGGAACACCCUUGGUUGGAAUGAUAGAAGGAGGAAUACACGCACGAGAAUGGAUAUCUCCGGCUACCGUAACUUGGAUAAUCAAGGAGUUUUUGACGAGCACCGACCCUGAUGUGAAAUUCAUGGCCGAGACCCUCGUCUGGCAUAUUUUCCCAGUCAUCAACCCAGAUGGCUACUUGUACUCUUUCAACAAUGACCGUAUGUGGAGAAAGAACAGGAACCCCGCAAAUCACGUCCAAUGUGGAACUGACGAUGACAUUGGCAAUGGAAUAGACCUGAACAGAAAUUUUGAUUUCGUAUGGAGAACCAUCGGAGCUUCAUCAAACCCUUGUGACCAAACAUACUCCGGACCAACUCCAUCAUCAGAACUGGAAGCCAUAGCCAUUUCCAACUACGUCCUCCAACUGAAGGCCAGUGGGAACAUGAUCUAUUACUUUGCUUUCCAUUCGUACUCCCAGAUGAUUCUGGUGCCUUACAGCCAUGUUACUGGUUAUGGCGUACUAGAAGCCGAGAACUAUCCUGACAUGUAUGAAAUAGCGAUUCGUGGAGCUGAAAAACUGACAGCCCGUCAUGGAACACAAUACACUGUUGGCACAUCUGCUGAAAUUCUCUACGCAGUCAGCGGGUCCAGUUUCGACUGGGUGAAGGGUGUUGCUGAUAUUCCUAUAGUCUACUUAUUUGAGCUUCGUGACAUUGGAGAGUAUGGCUUCCUUCUUCCUACAGAACAGAUCAUUCCCAAUGCUGAAGAAAUCAUGGACUGUCUGGUUGAAAUGGAGAAGACUACGAGGAAAUUAGGGUAUUACACUGGGGCUGCGAAUGGCGUUGUUAGCUCGAUACUGGCUGUUACAUUUGGAGUUCUGAUGAUGGUUUUGAAUUAUUAAAAAGAUUUUCCUUUAUCA